AUGGACCAAGACUUUGAGCAAGUUACACAUAACAGCGAUUUUCUUUCAAUUUUAUCAGAUUAUGACAGCGACGUACAAUCAUAUAUAUCUACAAAUGAUAUUUACAGAAAAGAGUCCGCAGAAGAAAAUAAUAAGGAAAGCCCUUCUUCCUCUAAAUCAUUCUUUAUUGAAAACUUUCCAGAGAAUGUGAAUGACAGUUCUGCUAACUCUCUCCAACAAACUCCAAGAAAAUUCGGAGUUUACAUAAAUGAAUCAGCAUUUGCUUCAAUGAACAAAACCUCUAAAAGGCGUAUGCAAAAAACGAUCUCAAAAAAUAACUCAUCAACUACAUCGAUUAAUAAUUUAAUCAAUGAUAACAUUGAAAAACCGUUCCAUUAUAACUCCGAAAAUGGUAGUAGUUUAAAUACUAUCUCAACAAAAAUGUUACUGAGUAACCAAGAUGUAAAAUUAAACCAACAAAAACCUGUCGCAUCUAUAAAUAUCUACCCUGAAAAUAUUGAAUCGCCAGAUAGAGUUACUUCUUCUUUAUAUUCACCUCUUCAUGGAAACCACAAUUCUCUAAGUCAAGUUAAAGAAUCAUUACCUUUUUUUGUUGAACCUAGAGAAAUAUACAGUAGUGCACAAGCGUCAUUGGCGCAUUCUUGUGCAACAACAAAUUCUUCAAAUUAUUAUAAUGAUACAAUUCCUGCCAUUGAUCAAGCACAACAAAUUAGAAAGAGUAAUGUUGCCAAAACUCCAGUUUUAAGUAUCUCAAAAUCUAAAUUCAGUCCAAUAAAAUAUAAUUUGAAGAAAGUGUCUAAGACAGAAAGUAUUAAAAAAAAAGGAUCUUCUCUGUUUUCCAGCUCAAAAAAUAAAUUAGAACAAUCAAGUUCAAGGCCAUCUCUGACUUCUCCUCAACCUAAAUCAUUAUUAAAAAAUCAUCUGUCCUUUGCCAACGAUAAAAUCGAGGGCGCUAAUGAUGGAUCACUACCAAAUGGUAAUAAAAAUGCUGUUCAAUCAUCUUAUCCUCCAAGUCUUCCUGAUCUGUCUUAUGGAAAUGAAUUCGCAGAAUCACAAAUUGAUCUGACUCUUGACACGUUACAAAAUUUUAGAAGCAAAACUUAUAGGAGAUACAACAUCGAUGUAGAAGCAAUGGGAAAUUUAUUUCAAGAAGAGAAUGAAUACAAUAGCAUCACUGGGUCAUAUGAUGGAAUAAAUGAUGAUGUAUUUGAACAUAUACCUAUUCAACAUAUCGACUCCAAUUCAAUUUAUAAUUUUGAUUCUGAAAUUUCUGGAUAUCUACAAAUAUACAGCAUUUGGAGAAUUCUCUUAGUAGUCAGUGGCUGUAUAUUGGUUCUACCUCUUUUCUUCAUAAUUGGAGUUGGUAAGAAAGAAAAGAAAAUCAUUUCAGAUUACAAAUUAAUGAAGAUGGUUCUAAAUAAGAAUCACAGAAUUGGAUUAAUGAAGGGAUUCCAUUGGGAACUGGACCUUCAAUGGCUACGAACUACUUUCUUGAUCCUCGGCGUUAUAGAAACGAUUGCAAUUAUGGCAUGCAUUGCUGUUGGAUUCAGCGUAGGAAUUACCAGUGAAUAA